UGUACAAUUAAAUGUUUACAAAAUUUUGAGAGAAACACGUGUUUACAGAAGUAAAAUAUUUUAACAAAAUCUAAAUACUGUGUAGUGUACAGAGAUUUCAUUUGUUCAGUUGUUAAUAUGAAGACCAAGACGCCAGAGAAGGCUCAUGGAAAUGGUAAAAUAAAGAAAAAGACACCAAAAAAACUGGAUGAUGAUAAAAUGGAAGCUGAGAUAAUCGACAUGGACACAUCACCAUUAAAAUCAGUGAAAACACCCAAAACACCAUUUUUGAUGGCCGAAGAAAGUUCUACAAAAUCUAACAAGAAGAGGAAAAAUACAGAUUCAGACACGACAACUCCAAAGAAACAAAGUAAACUUAAAGAAAAAGGCAGUAAAAAACUUACAACCAAGGCAGCACCCACACCAACCAGCAGCGUUAAGUCACAACAAAUAGUCAAAAAAAAGAAAAAUAGUGGAAAAAACAAGAAAGGAAAAUUUAUUACGUUAUUUAUUGGUGCAUUAGAUACGAAGGUUACGCGAGAAACGGUCAGAGAUUUUUUUGAGAAGCAUGGAGUUAAUUUGUAUGAAGUCAGAAGAAAAAAUGGAAGAAGAUUUUGUCAUGUUGACCUACUCAAUCCAGAAGAUUUAGAAAAGGCUUUGGCUUUAAAUGGUAAGAAAAUCGCAGGAAGUAAAGUAAAGAUCAACGCAGAGAAGAAACAUUUUGAUACCAGAGAAAUAGAAGUCAAAUCCCAGACAUUAUUUGUAAAGAAUAUCGAGUCUACAGUAUCGAAAGAUGCAUUACGCGAUUUAUUCCCAGAGGCUUCAAGUAUUAAAUAUCCAAAAACAGAGUCUGGUAAAAACAAAGGAUUUGCGUACGUUCAGUUUGAAUCUAUUGAGAAGGUAAAGGAAUAUUUAACAAAGAAAAAGAACCUAGAAUUAAGAGGACAGAAAUUAAUUUUAGAUACGGUAGAAAAGGGAACAAGACACAGUAAAAUAUUAAGGGUUAGAAAUUUAGAUUUUGAAACAACACAAGAAACAAUAGAGGAGGUGUUUGAAGGUUGCAACUCAGUUAAAAUUUGUCUGAAUAAUGUUGGUAAAUCACAAGGGACAGCCAUUGUAACAUUUGAAACUAUAGAAGCUGCUAAAACUGCACAGAAAGAGAAACACAAAGCAGAGGUGGAUGGUAGAAAAAUUAUUGUUACAUUUAUUGAGGAAGAAGAACAACCAGCACCUAAACAUAAAAAGAAAUUUGGUAAAGAAGAUCGUUGGGGGAGGAAGAAAAGUUCAUCUUAUGAGAAGAGACGAAAACCACAGAACAUGAUCAAGAAACCUGAUGGAAAACAGAAAUCAUUUAAAAAAUCACCAACUAAAAAAUAAAAAAAAAACAUUGAUAUCCAGAAAUUAAAACACUAAAAGCUGCUGAACAUUGUUUACUGUAUCUAAUUUCUCAUGGCUUAAUCCAUGCUGACAACUGAAAUAGAUAAUUUAAUAUUUGAUUAACAAAAUUAAAAUAUCAACCUUAGAAGAUGGGAUUAAAAAGUGACCCAUCAAAUGUUUAUACUUGUUAUAUUGCCUGUUCUGUUGUGGAGGUCGAAUGUUGCGAAAGUUUCAAGUUCUCAAAUCUUUGUAAAUACUGUAGAGAAUUGAACCAUUUUUUGACCGAAUGUUUAUCAGAGAUUCAAUUUUCAAAAUAUUGUAGUUUGGAUGAGAUUCAAAUUUCCUCAGGUGACGAUCAUCUGGUUUAAAUGGCUAAUAUUUGGGACCUAAAAAUGGACACAAAUGGGUCGCAACUUAUAAAAUAAUGUAAUAUGAAUGUAUAUAAACUGAUUUACAUUCAGUCGUUUCUGUAUUUACUCUAAUUUCUGCCCAAUUAUGUUCGGCAAGAUAUGUGAAGAGUUCAGAUUGUAAAGAAAAUUGAUAUUACGCCAAAUUAUUACCUGAAAAUUUUUCAGCAAGGUGCCAAGAAGAUGUGUCAAUUUCAUAUUCACUGUUUAAAGAAACAGAAAAAAAAACAAAACAAAAUAAAUGUAUCUUUUAUUUCAAAAUUCAAUAAACUGAUAGUUAAUUGAGGAUUUACAUGGAAAUUUAGUUUCCAGUGAAAUUUAAAGUUAUAUUGCACAUUAUAA